AUGGAGUUUGUUUAUGAGGACGGGCAUGGAAACGCCAUAGACGAGGCAGGUCAUCAUGUUUUAGAGAUGGAAGUUGACGAAAACGAGUAUCCUUUGGACAACAUAACGGAUUUCGACGUGUACAUGACCCAAAAGCCGCCUGAGCGACAGAAAAAAAAGGGGCAGAAUGAG